ACUAGCUCUGUUCGAGUGCAAGGAUCAGACGGUAACGAAAUGGCUACAUCAUCAGGUUUUUUCUCGGAUGUGCAAACUUCAAAGCAAAAAAGUUAGUAAAACCACCUCCAUGGUAAAACAUAUAUUUUGUUUAGUAGGCCCCACUGCAACAGGACGUAGCAUAUAGAAUGGAGGUAGAGAUGAUAACUAUUAUUUACGAUUAGAAUACAAUCAAUCCCCUAAUUGCGAGUGAAUAAUGUGAGUGACAUUGUAUUGUAGUACGUGAUCGAAGUCUUCCAUGUGUAAACACGAAGUAGGCUACAUGUUCGAACAGCGGUGCAGAGAGGCGAGGACAAUAUCAAUUGUUUCUAGUUUGAUCUCUGUCCUUUCUCGUUGAUCUGUGCACCUCCAACAUGAUCUGAACACUGUAUAAUCACCGUUAGAGGGCGCAACAUCGACUGGGAGGGACUGUGAAAGUCUACUUCAGAGCCGGAUGUUUGUGUGAUACAAUAUUAACCGGUAACCAAUCACACUCUGCGCCUUGAACACUCAGCAGGGUGGAUACAACCUCACAGAUCGCCAAAAUAACUGGGUCCUACACCAGCCUGUGCCGCAUCUACCUCCAUGUAGGCUAUUGACGAUCAACAACAGAGACUAUAAUACCCGAAUAUGGAAACAAUUGUUAUUCAGAAGCGAAAUAAUGUCACCGAGACCUGGACGUACGGGAGAAAGCCGUCCGUCGCAAAGCGGUGCGGCUCGCUCUCGACCAGCGGCCGGGGUACGGUGCGAUGGGGCCGGGUAGUGGUCUUCGCUUCGUUUAUGACCUUACUUCUGAGUACGGGAGUCCUCGGCACACUGGGCAUGUUCGUACCGAUAUUCCUGCGGGAGUUUAGCUUCGGAUCCGGGGAGCUUGGCUGGGUUGCCAGCUCGGGAGUCAGCGUGGAGAGUUUUGCAGGACCAAUUGGUAGUUUCGUGGUGAAGCGUAUUGGGUGUCGACGUUCCAUCAUGCUUGGGGGAAUUCUCAUGGGAUGUGGUACCGUCUCGGCGUCGUUCGCAACCACCGUCCUACAUCUCUUCUUCUGUCUGGGUCUCGUGGCAGGUCUCGGUGCGUCAAUGAUUCACGUAGCAACCGUUGUCGUCAUCGGUAAAUACUACAGCAGACAUUACACGGUAGCCAAUGGCAUGGCGUAUUCGGGUCCCGGGGCCGGUGUCUUCGUCUUCCCACCUUUGGUCCAAUACCUCAACGACACUUACGGCUGGAGGGGGAGUCUAGUCAUCGAGGCCGCUAUCCUCUCAAAUGUGUUAGUGUUGGGCGCCCUCGUGCGGCCAGCGUCGAGGUUUAAAUCGAACGUUCUUCAUCGCAAAUCCCUUGCCGUACGGGGAGGUGUCGUGGGGAGGAAAUUCACAAGUUUUACCGGUGGUGGGGAGAGUAAAGAAAGCUGUAGUAGUGAUGGAUAUUCUGAUGACACAAGAAGCACUGCUGAAGAAUGCAGUGAGACUCAACCGAGGGAUUACUUAAAGGGCAGUGUAAACUAUCAGGACGACUUGUCCAUCAAGUCGGCCCCGAGUCUUUGGAGGCGCUUUCGGUUUUCCGUGAGCCAUACUCACCCUCCAGCCGUCCUUGCCGUGUACAGUGUUUGUUUUUUCCACACUGCCGGUUACUCCAGCGUAUCAGUUCAUCUCGUCAAUCAGGCCAUCUCGUCCGGUGUUACAGACUGGCAGGCAUCGCUGCUACUCUCGUGCCUUGGUAUAGGCAGCUUCAUGGGUCGAGUUGCCCACAGUUGGUUCCUCACAUGGAAACCCAUCACGCCCUCGCGGUUGUUCACAUUGGCCCUUGUGGUGUGUGCACUCACUGCCGCACUGAUACCACAAAACACCACAGUUGGUGGAAUGAUGGCAUCAGCAACGACUGUUGGGUUGUGCUGUGGUAUUUGUUUCUCGCUGGUAGCCGUUAUUCUACGAGACCUGGUUGGUAUCACGUACCUGAGCUCUGCGUUCGGGUUCUCUUUAUUCUGCUCGGGCAUCGGCUCAACAAUGGGAGGAUAUGUCACUGGUGCUUUAAGGGAUGCAACGGGAAGUUACGAUGUACCGUUUUAUCUAAUCAGUGGGUUCUUCGCCAUAGCUGCUCUAUCUUCUCUCUUACAGUCAUUCGUUUACUGGCACCAAGAGUACAGACACCGCCACCUACCAGGUCCAGGUGCCACGCCCAUCUGAGGGCGUGUGCAGUACGGUUGAUAACAGUUAUUAAUUUUAUCAGAAGAUAAGAACUUCCUACCACGCCCAAGUGCCACGCCCUUUUCAGUGUUUGCACAUUACUGGCGAGACAGUAAUUGUUUUCAGACAUAAUAACUUCCCAAAAGGCCCCGGUGCCACGCCCCAUGCAGUCAUUAAUGUUUUCAGGACAUAAUAACUCCAUCCGAGGCCCAAGUGCCACGCCCUUAUAUGACUCUACACUGAUGCCUUCUUGAAUUCCCUUAAAGACACUGGACACUAAUGGUAAUUGUGGUAAUUGUCAAAGACCAGUCUUCUCACUUGGUGUAU